AUGGUGGUCGGGUGGUCGGCCAUCUUGCCCAAGUUGCAAGCCGACAACAGCUCGGGCUUCGACGUCGGGGAGAGUGACGUCACGUGGCUGGGUGAAAAUGUUGUUGUUGUUGGCCUCGCCCAGCAUCGCAGGCCUCGUCGUGACCCUGUGGACGGGCCCGCUCAUGGAGGUCAUCGGCCCGUCCCGCCUGCUCUUCGUGCUGUACCUCCCCAUCGCCCUCCUGUGGCUCCUGCAGGCCUUCACGCCCUACCUCUCCGUCCUGUACCUGGCCCGCUACCUGGCCAGCGGGACCUGCAUGGUCUUCGGGUCCCUGCCGGCGACGCUGAUCUCCGAGCUGAGCGAACCGGGGCUCAGGGGCUUCCUGCUGGGCUUCGAGGAGGCCCUGGUGGCGCUCGGGCAGAUGGCGGUGUACGUGAUGGCCGACCUGCUGCCGUGGACGCUGGCGACGGCUCUCUGCGCCGCCCCCUUCGUCCUGCUCUUCGCCGCGGCUUGGUUCCUGCCGGAGUCCCCUUACUGGCUGGUCCGCAAAGGGCGCGAGGAGGACGCAGCGAGUCCCUCAGGAGGCUUCGAGGACGAGGCGCGAACGUCGAGGAGGAGCUCAGUCAGAUCGUCGCCGGGAUCAAGGAGAGACAGCAGGCCACGAUCAAGGACCAGCUGCAGCAGUUCGCGCACCCUCACCACCACCGGCCCGUGCUGCUCCUGGCCGUCGUGUUCACCCUCAGGGAGCUCGGCGGCCAGUACGUGGUGUUCUCGUACACGGUGUACCUGUUCCGUGAGGCGGGCGUGCACCUCGACGCCUUCCUCUGCACGAUCUUGGUGGGCGUGAUGCGCGUCGUGUUCACGUCCCUGGGCUGCGUCGUCGUGGACCGCGUGGGGCGGCGGCCGCUCGUCAUCGCGACGGUCCUGGUGUGCGGCGCGGCGCAGGCCCUCGGCGCCCUGUUCCUCCUGCUGGACGUCCCCGGGGCCUCGUGGGUGCCCCUGGCCGCCGUCCUGCUCUUCGUGUCGUCCUACGGCUUCGGCCUCGGCCCCAUCCCGUGGGCGCUGCUGGGGGAGCUCCUGCCGACGCCCGUCCGCUUCAUCGGGAGCUCCGUCUGCACCUUCAGCUUCUGCCUGACGCAGUUCGUGGUCAGCUACCUGUUCCCGCUGCUGAUGGCGCACGCGGGCGUCGGGGUGGCCUUCCUGGUCUUCGCUGCGGCCCACGGCGCCCUUGGCCUCGUCCUCUGGGCCUUCCUGCCCGAGACGCGAGGCCGGACCCUCAGCGACCUCCAGGACUGCUUCUCCCCCGCCAGGAAGGCCACGGAGCAGGUGCAGCUGCAGAACUACAAGAAGGCAGUCGACAGUUGAUGAUUUCUCGUAAUAAUUUCCAUACAUGGGUUUGUGAGAAAUUGCCGUAAGAUGUUUAUUUAACAGAUUAGUUUUUUUUUUUUUUUAACAAGCCUUCGUGGUUUAUGCAUUUGCGACUUCCUCCCCGAAAACUGUUGAAUGCUAACAGCUGAUGCGAUACAAUGGAUAUCUUGUAGAAAUACAGUUUCAACGACUGAUUUACCUCAAGAAAAAUCAGGCUGUAACCAAGCGAUCAUAAAACAA